AUGACUGAUGCUGCAGUGGUGUGUAGAGAACUGGGCUGUGGAGAGGCUGUAGAUGUAAUGAAUUUGGUUCAUUUUGGAUAUGGACCUAGUCAAGUCUGCAUGGCUGACUUAAAUUGUUUUGGGUCAGAAUCUUCACUGAUGGACUGUGGAUCAAAUGAGGACUUUGCAAAAAUAUGCCCCAGUGAUGUCAUUGCUGGGGUCAUCUGCUCAGGUUCUGUAAAAUUAGUGGAUGGUUUUAAUCAGUGUUCUGGAAGAGUAGAGAUACUUCGUGAGAAAACCUGGGGCACGGUGUGUGGUGGUGACUUUGACCUGCAGGAUGCAGAGGUUGUGUGUCGAGAGCUGGGCUGUGGAGUUCCUGUAGAGGUGCUGGGAGCAGCUACUUUUGGCAAAGGGGAGGGUCAGGUGUGGUCAGAGGAGAUUCAGUGUAGAGGCAACGAAUCUCAGAUUGAACUCUGUCCAACAUCACCUUCACAGAGACAGAACUGCUCCCAUGACAACACUGUGGGACUGGUGUGUACAGACAGUGUGAAGCUGGUGAAUGGUGGUAGUCGCUGUGCUGGGAGAGUGGAGGUUCUUCAUGAAGGACAGUGGGGGACAGUGUGUAGUGAUGACUGGGAUAUGACUGAUGCUGCAGUGGUGUGUAGAGAACUGGGCUGUGGGGAGGCUUUAAAUGCACUGAGUGGACCUCAUUUUGGACCAGGAUCAGGACCAAUCUGGAUGGACAAUGUGGCCUGUACUGGGUCAGAGACUACACUGAAGAACUGUCGAACAAGAGGAUUGGGUGUACAUGACUGUGGGCAUCACCAAGACGCUGGAGUCAUCUGCUCAGGUAGUAUAAAGAAAACCCUCAUUUGAAAUCAGACCAUUCUAACAGUGUAACUAAUCAGAUCUAUUACUACAUCACUAUAUACAUUACAGAGAAUGUUUAACAUGGACAUCAUGUUCCUUGCUUGUAUUUUAGGAGUCAGGCUGAUGGGGGGAUCUCGAUGCUCUGGAAGAGUAGAGAUACUUCGUGGGAAAACCUGGGGCACGGUGUGUGGUGGUGAUUUUGACCUGCAGGAUGCAGAGGUUGUGUGUCGAGAGCUGGGCUGUGGGGUUCCUGUAGAGGUGCUGGGAGCAGCUGCUUUUGGCAAAGGGGAGGGUCAGGUGUGGUCAGAGGAGAUUCAGUGUAGAGGCGAUGAAUCUCAGAUUUUCUUCUGUCCUACAUCAACUUCACAGAGACAGAACUGUUCCCAUGACAACGACAUGGGACUGGUGUGUACAGACAGUGUGAGACUGGUGAAUAGUGUUAGUAACUGUGCUGGGAGAGUGGAGGUUCUUCAUGAAGGACAGUGGGGGACAGUGUGUAGUGAUAACUGGGAUAUGACUGAUGCUCUAGUGGUGUGUAGAGAACUGGGCUGUGGAGAGGCUGUAGAAGCACUGAGUGGACCUCAUUUUGGACCAGGAUCAGGACCAAUCUGGAUGGAUGAUGUGGCCUGUACUGGGACAGAGUCUACACUGAAGAACUGCAGAUCUGGUGGAUGGGGUAAACAUAACUGUAGUCAUCACCAGGAUGCUGAAGUUUCCUGUUCAGAGGUGCUGGGAUCAGCUGCUUUUGGCAAAGGGGAGGGUCAGGUGUGGUCAGAGGAGAUUCAGUGUAGAGGCGAUGAAUCUCAGAUUUUCUUCUGUCCUACAUCAACUUCACAGAAACGGAACUGUUCCCAUGACAAUGAUGUGGGACUGGUGUGUGGAGAUCGUGUGAGACUGGUGAAUGAUGAUGGUAGCCACUGUGCUGGUAAAGUGGAAGUUCUUCAUGACGGACAGUGGGGUGCAGUGUGUCCUCUUGGCUGGGAUAUGACUGAUACUGCUGUGGUGUGUAGAGAGCUGGACUGUGGAGAGGCUGUCAAUACACUGGGAGAGGUGCUGGGAGCAGCUGCUUUUGGCAAAGGGGAGGGUCAGGUGUGGUCAGAGGAGAUUCAGUGUAAAGGCGAUGAAUCUCAGAUUUUCUUCUGUCCGAUGUCACCUUCACAGAGAAACUGCUCACAUGAUAAGGAUGUGGGACUUGUGUGUGCUGCUUUAAACAAUGUUAGGCUGGUGGAUGGUGGUAGACACUGUGCUGGGAGAGUGGAGGUUCUUCACGAAGGACAGUGGGGGACAGUGUGUAGUAAUGACUGGGAUAUGACUGAUGCUAAAGUAGUUUGUAGAGAACUGGGCUGUGGAGGGCCCGUAUCGGCACUGAGUGGAGCUCAUUUUGGACCAGGAUCAGGACCAUUUUGGAUGGAUGGUGUAUCCUGUACUGGGUCCGAGUCUACACUGAAGAAGUGUAGAUCAAGAUGGAGCGUGAGUGACUGUGGCCACAAGUAUGCAGGAGUCAUCUGCUCAGGUAGUCUGGACAAAACUCUAAUGGUAGUAGGUGGUUCUCCCUGCUCUGGGAGAGUGGAGAUACUUCGUGGGAAGACCUGGGGAACAGUGUGUGAUGCUGACUUUGACGUGCAGGAUGCAGAGGUUGUGUGUCGAGAGCUGGGCUGUGGGGUUCCUGUAGAGGUGCUGGGAGCAGCUGCUUUUGGCAAAGGGGAGGGUCAGGUGUGGUCAGAGGAGAUUCAGUGCAGAGGUGAUGAAUCUCAGAUUGAACUCUGCCCUAAGUCAUCCUCAGAUACAUGGAACUGCUCCCACAACAGUGAUGUAGGAGUCAUUUGUGCAGGCAAUGUGAGGUUGGUUAAUGGUGGAAGUCGCUGUGCUGGGAGAGUGGAGGUUCUUCAUCAAGGACAGUGGGGUAUAGUUUGCCACUUUGGCUGGGAUAAGAGAGAUGCUGAAGUGGUAUGUAGACAGCUGGGUUGUGGGGAGGCUGUAGAUGCAGUAACUACUGCUCAAUUUGGAAAAGGGUUGGGGCCAUUCUGGAUGGCUGAUGUAAACUGUGAUGGGUCAGAAUCUAUGCUGAAGGAUUGUGGAUCAGAUGAAGAUGCAGCAAAAGAAUGUCAGCAUCUGUGGCAAGCUGGAGUCAUCUGCUCAGGUAAUCUGGACAAACCUCUGUAA